ACAGAAUUCUUGCUUACCAGGGUUCCUCAGGACUUUUAGCUCAGCCCCUGGGGCUGCUGGCCCUGCGCAGUAAGAGCACUUAGGGGAGGGGCGAGGCACGUGCCUCUGAGCACCCUCCUGGUCGGUUCAAACGACCUCGAGACCUGGCGGGUUGGUGGAGAGCGGAAGGGAGGGAGAGAAGGUAGGAGCCUGGGCCUACCUCUCGACCUCAAGACUCCCAGCCCCAUGGUCCCCGCCGCCUGCAUGCUGCUCUGGGCCCUGCUGCUAAGUCUGGAGUCCCGGGCGGCGGGGGCCGAAGACCAAACGACUACCCCGACGGCUACCACGAUUGGGAUGCAGCGGGUCAGCUUCCGCUUUGGGGGCCCAGCCCGCAGCCUCCACAGCACAAACCCCACCGCCCGGAGCACUGUACCGGGGAAGCUGAGGGUAACCCUGGAGGAUGAAAAUGAUGCCCUGGCCACUGCUGACCGCCUGGCCCUCCCGGCAGCUGCUGAGCUCCUGUCCACCGUGACAGGCUAUAGCCGGUCAUCAGUGCCCAGCCCCAGUGACUGGGAGGAGGAUGGCUCCUUGGAAGAGGGGGUGGUUGAUACCAGAAAAACCACCAACGGCCCUGUAAGUUUACUUUCGACCACCAAUACUGUGGGAAGUUCCGGCACUACCGGGAGGUUUCUAGCCAAUAGCCAGGAGCGAGAGAUUAAGCUGACCACUGACGUGCGGUCCCUCAGUUCAAAGACUACUGUGGUGGACCUGCCUUCUGAGUCCACCCUGCAACAGUGGUCAACACCUGGGUCCACCCCAUCCCCGUGGCUAAAACCCUCAUUCACAGCCAUGCCAUCUCCUGAGGAUCUGCGGGUAGUACUGAUGCCUUGGGGCCCAUGGCAUUGCCACUGUAAGUCAGGCACUAUGAGUAGGAGCCGGGCUGGAAAGCUGCAUGGCCUUUCUGGGCGCCUUCGAGUUGGGGCACUGAACGAACUCCGCACAGAACACCGGCCUUGCACCUACCAGUUGUGCGCUUGCAACAAGCACCUGGAGGAAUGCCCUCUGGACUCGAGCCUCUGUUCUGACCAUAGCUGCAGCUCUCGUGCUCCCUUUCAGAGCAGCACCACUUCUCUGGUUCCUGUCCAUCUGAGACGCAGACCCAUCCUGCCACCCACUAGCCCGAGCCCCAGCCCAGCUCUUGCCUUUUGGAAACGUGUCAGGAUUGGCCUGGAGGAUAUCUGGAACAGCCUUUCUUCAGUGUUCACAGAGACACAACCAGUAGAAAAAAUCCAGAGGUAAUGGCCACGUCUCCCUCAAGAGAAUAUGUCUACAUUAAAAACUCCCUUUUCAAUCCCAACACCCACUACAUAUUUUUAAUAUAUAGGAAAAAAA